UAUAACCUAAAUACACGUGCACAUACAAAAAUUGUAUUAAUUGUAAAUGAAAAAUGGUUAAAAUGAAGCAAUUAGAAGUAGAAGAAGUAUGUCCAAAGAGAAAAUUAUAUCCGAUGGUUGUUAAUUUUCAAAAUGCUUACAUUACUGAGGAGUAUCGUGAAAGCAACUGUUUAAUGUUUGUUAAUCAAGAUAAUAAUAAAAAUACUGUUGUAACUGAACUGGAUAACAUCAUAUACACUGGCGAUGAAGAAGAAGAAGAUGUGGGACGAGUAUUAUUACUUGCGAGAGAUAAAAAAACGGGGAAAGUCCGAAUUAUCGAAUCUGGACAUCUGAACUUAAAGCCAGUUAUACGAAACAAUUUAGACACCUCACAGCUACUAGAGACAAGUAAUCUAGAGUUAAGUCGUAAGUUCGGUUCGAAAAAGCAGAAGAAAGAGAUGGAGCAGCGGGAGAAAUUAAAAACUAACGUAGAGACGAUAAAGAUGCAAGUCGAGAAAGCAACGGAAAAGAUAAGUGAAGAUCAGCUCGAUUUAUCAUCAUACGACAGUGCGACGCUGCCUGAUGACUUCUACUUGCCGCCAAUCGAUCGUAAAGCGACGCGACUUGAAGACGUUUAUGAUAUCAACAAAAUAUUAACAGAGGACGAAUUUGAUACGAUAUCAUCAGAAAUCGGCGAAAAAGAUUAUAAACCCGAAAUGUCGCCGUGGGUUCUAAGUUUGAUAGAAAAAAGUAACUCGAAAACACAUCAAGUGCUAGGUCUGUACGCAUCGUGUUUAAUAAAGUUCUAUUCAACAGCUGCGAAGGAAAUGAAGACGAAAGGUUUUGCGGCUUGCAAGAGUUCGCAUACGCUACACAAAGUUAUAAUGAAAAACUUUUCGUCUGUGGCCAAAGGGCAGACUGUGCGCGUACAGAACUUUAAGGACAAAGCGUUCUGUCACGCUAUCGUGUUUGUACUUCUAAUAAAUAACUAUAAAUGUUCCUUGACGAGUAUAUGUGAGGAAUUCAAAAUCGCGCAACCGACGGUAUUAAAAAAAUUGCGCGUUAUCGGCGCCACUGUCGUUACUUCAGGUAGUACAAAGACUGUGCAAUUGAAAUAUCCAUUGAACUUUAAACCAAUGUUCAGACGGAAGACGGCUAGAUUUUAAAUGUAAAUAAAUUAUAUAUAGUACCUACUG